AUGAUUUUAAAGAAUAAAAUUAUAAACUCUGCAGUUGUCAUUACUGGAUAAAGUUUAGAGUAAAAUGAAGUUUAUUUUAAUUUUAGAAUUUUAAAUUAAAACGAAAAAGUUGCUUUUAAAUUUGAUUGCUACCAAAGUAGUGCAAUAAAAUCAUAAUUAUUAUCAGUUUAAGAGUUUUAGAGAAUUAGUUUGGAUUAAAUAAAAAUAGUAAAUUAAUUGAGGAUAGAUUUAUCAAUUAUUUCAAUACAAUCUAAUUCUAAAAUUAUGUUAAAUACCAAUGAUUAUGUAAUCAUACAUAAUAUGUCUUUUAUUGGAAAUAUACUUCUUAAAUAAAGUUAAACUAUGUAUUUUUCCUUAAUUGAUAUCUAUUCAGAAAUAACUUAAAUUGUUACUUUAGAAAUUAUCAUCUAUUAUUAUAAUAUUUUUGACUAAUACUAAAUUGAUCCAUCUUAAAAUUCUGCUAGUCUAAUGUAAAUUAAUGCAGGCUAAAGUAAUUUAUCAUUGAAAAAUAUCAUUAGUUCUCACAAUGUCUUAACCAACUCUUUAUAUACUUUUAUCUCUAUUUCUAUACAUGAACUUUAUAUAUAAAACUUUUAAAUAAUAAAUCAUAUUUACUUAAAUGCUGACUUAUGGAAUUAAUAUUAUUAACUAUAAAUUUAGAGUGAACCUACAUAGAGCCAAAUUAUUUCUAUAAUUAAUAAUAUAUUUAAAAUAGAAUCAUUAAGUGGAGUUCUAUUAAUUAAAACAUCGAAAUUGAACUUUAUUAAUGGGUUUUUCAGUAAUAUAAUCGCAUCAAGUAGUUUAAUUUUCAAUAUUAAUCUCUAAGGUGAUGGAAUUGUUAUUAUAAAAAAUUGCUAUAUUGAAAAUGAUUAAAGUUAAUUGAUUUUAACAUCUUAAGAUGAUGAAGCAAUUACUUUUGAUGCUAAAAAAAAGCCUAUUAUCACUUGUAAUUGAAAAUUUAAACUUAAAAUACAUAUAAAAUAGAAUAUCAUCAUCUAUAUUUUCAAUCUAUCCAUCAUCUAUAAAGAAUAACAUUUAAUUAAAACAAAUUUAUUGGUAUAAUAGCUUUUCACUUUAUAAUCAAUUUAUAUCUUUAGAGUUCAAUUUUAAUAAUCCUCAAAAACCAAUUUUCAAUAUUAAUUUACUUAUAAUUUAAUCAGAAAAUGAAUUUAUAAAUUAUUUAUAAUUUUUAGGAAAAGUAAGCAUUUUUUCGAAGUCUAAAAUAUUUUAGAAAACAAAGCAAUAAUACAUUUAACUGGAGGAUAGUUUUCUCUUAAGGGAAUCAUAAUUGAAGGAUUAGUAUUAUCUUAAAUUAUCAAAAUAAUUGAUUAUCAAUCAAUCUAAAUUACAGAUUCUUAAUCUUUUAAUAUAUCAACAUUUUAUCCAUAGAAUUUAAUAGAAUUUUCUUAAAUUAAUGAAGUUUAAUCAAUGCUAAAAAUGA